AUGUUACAAAAUGAUGACAGUCAGGUUCCAGUACCAGAAACUGGAGAGAUUUCAGUUAUUACCACAACUCCACAGAAACAAGAUUCGAACUUAUACAACUUAGAAGAUCGUUUUAUAAGUUGUCUGUUAUGUCAUAUGAUUGGAGAUAUAUUGGGAGCACCUGUUGAAGGUUACGAUUCGCUGUCCAUUCAACAGAAAUACGGUAUUUUAAAAGAUUUUGUCAGUGGUCAGCAUAUGGGAUUAUAUGAUUUACCGGAAAGAAUAAAUAUGUAUACGGAUGACACAAACAGCAUGUUAGCAUUAUCAUUUAGUUUAGUUCAUAAUUCAGGCCUUGUGCCCCGACAUGCUGCUCGUACAUAUCCCGAAUAUUGGUCAACUGGUGUUAUAAGAGGAUAUCCUGAUAGUGCAAUUAAUGCAAUGAAAUGUGUACAAGAUGGUAAAAUACCUUAUACUGAAUGUGGACGUAUUGCAUUUAAAGAUGGUUCGUUUGCUAAUGGUGGCGCUAUGAGAAUAGCACCAAUUGCUUUGGCCUAUAGAACUGCUAAUGAUGAACAAUUGUAUGAAGCUGUUAGGUUAGCUAUUAUAUCAUCUCAUGUACAUCCAGAAGAAUUUCUAAAUGAAUUGUCGUCAUCGGCUAGAACAAACGCUAUGAAAAGUCAAAUUGAACUUGUAUUAUCAUUGUACAAAGAACAAUCUAACAAAAAGGAUGAUGAGCUUGUUUUGAACGACAGUGAUAUAGUAAAAAAAUUUGGAUCAACAUUUCAAAUACGUGCUAUUGAAGCUAUUCCUUGUGUUCUAUGGUGCUUGGUGAAUUCCUAUAAGGAUCCUGAAGGAUGCAUAAUACGCUCUGUAAUGAUGGGUGGUGAUACGGACACGGUUGCUGCUAUGACUGGUGAUAUAAUUGGCUCUUUGCAUGGUACGUCAUUUAUUCCCAAAAGAUGGUUCGAUAAUAUUGAAAAGAAUAAUGAAGAAAAUAUGUACAGAGGACGAGAUUUUGCUAUUGAUUUAGCAAAAAAAAUAUUCAAAUUAAAUUUAACGGAGGUGCUAAUGCGUCCAAAACGUAAUGCCGUUACGUUUGGACAACCCGAUUUAUCCGUUUCGGUCAUUGUGUAUUGUGUACACGUGACUGAUCAAAACUUCGGUGAGAAACACCAGUUAGCUGCCAAAGUCAAUGGAUUUAUAUCUCAUCUCAAGGUCACCGUGACAUAUCGUUCAGCCACAUCGGCGGUCUAUAAUAUUCCGGUGAUGAUAUUUUGGUAAGUUCAUUCACAGCGAGUGGCAAGAACUGAUUGUUAUAUUGGAAAUUGCAUUGCAAUUUACCUGGAGCGACAUUUAUCGAACAACAUUUAAAGUUUUUUUUUCGAUAGAAAAGAUGAAUUCAGAGCCUUCUCUGUAUCUUAAUUAUUUCUUUUAUCCAUCAUACAUCAGGCUUCGAACGCUUCAAGUAAUAGUCCUAGAAGGAUAAGAACCGUAGGUUAUCCAUUCAGUUAAAUAUCAUCGCAACAUUUAUUUCGCGAUUGAGAAUGCUUUUUAUUCUAUGAUAGUACAGUACAGUAUAGCCCGUACUUCUAUAGAGGACUACAUAUACAUGUUCCGCUUGUUUACUGUGCUUGCAUAUCACCGGAAGGAAAAAAGUAGUUGGUUUCGAGUUGCUGAAAAGUAUUUUUUCGUAUUGAACACACUCGAUAACCCAGACGAGUUUCUAUUUUUGGUGAGGGGCACUUCCAAAUGUCUAAGAAAAAAUUUCAAACUAACAUGCAUUUUUGGGGGGGCUCCUUGGUUUCUUUCGUUGUUUGCGACUGAGUGAAUGCAUUGUGUAAUGAGUAUGCUCGAUUUUUAUGUGUAAUAUGGCCAUACAAUAUUUUCUCGUUAGAAACGUGAAGUAAUUUUUCAUUUCUUCUCUUUUCCUUUGGACGUUUAAUAUGACAUUUUUUCAAAGGAUAAAAAGAAAGACAGAAAGAAAGGAAAGCGGCGUGAUUAUGCUACCGCGUUUUUAGUACAUAAAAGUAAAGCGAAAACAAGGAAAUACGUGCAUCUAAUAGUAGGUCAAAAGUUGUUGAUAGUGGCAGCUAAAGCGAUAAUUGAAAAUUUUCAUUUCUUUACAGGUUCAUCUCAAGUUAAACAAACUUUUUGGUAACGUAGUCACACUAAUUCGAUCAAGUUUUUGAACAAAACUUUGCAAAUGGCAGAACGUAUGUCAGUUGUAAAUGACUCGAAAUUUUAUGAACAUAUUACAUAAGGUUCAGCUAAUGCAAACUUACAGUGGAAUUUAUUUUUGACUUUAUUAUACAUAUUCAGAUUCAGUUUAACGAGCUGAUUACGAAUAACAUCUUCCGAGCCUCCAAAAGUCAUUUCGUCGUGGA